AUGAUGUUGCGCGCCGUUGUAUGCUUGGUCACGACUGUGACUGCCAUGACUUUGACGCGUCGUGAUGUCAGUCCGGACGCCAUCUCUGUCGUUAACCUCGCAGUGGACCGUGGGGAGUCUCAACAUGGCGCCUCGGGUGUCCUUUACGGCCUGCCCCUGGAACUGAACCAGAUCCCUGAUAAGUGGUUUAUCGACAUGGAUUACGGUUAUUCGCGCGGCGACGGCUCCUCGCUGACAGCCGGAGGCCACGCGUGGAUUACUUCGUUUGAUGACUACAAGGUAUGUCCGCAUGAAUGGCGUUAUAUCCAACUACCGUAUCGUACGCAAGUACAAUGGCACAUACACGACCUGAGCGACCUCUGGGGUGCCGAUGGCGGCCAGCGUGAAACAGACGGGCCCUACCCCGGUGAUGGCGGCGACUGGACCCAGUGGGACGAGUUUCUCGCCCAAGUUGUCAAGGAUCUGCGCGAGAACGACGCUCUUGAGGGCAUGUCACUCGAUAUCUGGAACGAGCCCAACGCCUGGGCCCAUGCCUAUGCCUACUUGCGCAAGGAGCUGCCCGACACUAAGCUUGGUGGUCCUGCCGUCAAUACGGAUCCAUCUGUCUUAAACGAGUGGUGGACCAACUUUGCCUCCUUCCUUCAGGUCAACGGCACCAUUCCCGACGAGUGGGAGUGGCAUGUCCUGGGCAACCCGGACUUUGAGACAUCUCGUAACCUCUUGUGGGAACUUCUCGACAAGUAUGGUCUGCCCCACAAGCCCAUCAACAUCAACGAAUACGCCCUUGACAGCGAGCAGACCCCUGUCUUCAGCGCUUGGUACAUUGCCAGCUUCGAGCGGAUCGAUGCCAAGGGGGCCCGGAGCUGUUGGAUUCUCGCCUUCCAGGCCUACGAUAUGCUGAGCGGUCUUCUGACCAAGCCCGGUGGUGGUGACGCCAACGUCUACGACCCCAAGAACCAGGAUUACAGGGCAACUGGUCAGUACCUCGUCUACAAGUACUACGGCACCGGGAUGCAGGGUCACCGUGUUGAGACACUGCUGUCUGCCAAUAAGGACUUUGAUGUCUACGCCACCGUCGAGGGCAACCAUCUCAAGAUGCUCUAUGGUUCUCGCCGUCAGACUGGUGAGUCAGCCAUCCGUGUCAACAACCUCGACAUCAUCGGUCUACCAUCUUCUGGCGAGACCAAGAUCAAAUUUUUGGCAUUCCCUUUCCCUGGUGGGCUCGAAAAUGGCCGCUUUACACCUGUCGACGAGCCCGUCGAUGUGGGCACCUUUGAUGUAUCGUACAACGAUAACUUCAUCCAAUUCCCAGUUUGGCCCAGUGAUGAGUUCACUGCCUACGCCUUUGAGAUUGUUGGAUCUCAGUAA